GUGGUCAAUGACGUCGGCAGAAGCCUUAUUGGAAUUGAUGUGCACACACAUGUAAUCAUUGCCGCCCGCCCGUGAAAGCUUCAUUCUCGCCGCCACACUGCGAGCGGACCCGGGACGGUCAUCUUCCGAGUGCUGAACAAUCAACACCUUUGGACGACUUGGUUUUCGGGCCCGGGUGCCUCUGUGGAGACGUCGGUAGCUAACUUAGCUAGCUUAGCUGGUGAACUUUACCCAUCGCUGCUGAGUGAGUGACGUACGACUUUAUCCAACUGGGGAAGCUGUGGCCAAAUACUAGGACGGGUUUGAACUCUACGAUUUCAGUGUUGCUAACUGUCGAAGAGUUGCUACUGGCUGACCGGUCGGCCGACUUCCCCGCUUCGUUCGAGGUCAUUCCGUUGCGUCUAUCGAGCCAGCUGUUACCGGGAAGCUAGCGCGAGUCAUGAAGAGCCUUCCGUAUUUCAGCCGGGGAGAGGUCAUCCGAGGCUUCGGGAGAGGAAGCAAGGAGCUGGGAAUCCCCACUGCCAACUUUCCUGACGCAGUGGUGGACAAUCUUCCAGCAGAUAUGGGCACAGGGAUCUACUUCGGGUGGGCCUGUGUCGGUAAUGGUGACGUCUAUAAGAUGGUGAUGAGCAUUGGCUGGAACCCUUACUACAAAAACACCAAGAAGUCCAUGGAGACUCAUGUGAUUCACACAUUCAAAGAGGACUUUUAUGGGGAGAUUCUCAGUGUUGUCAUGGUGGGCUACAUCCGUCCAGAGAGAAGCUACAGCUCACUGGAAGCACUCAUUGAAGCCAUAAACAACGAUAUUGAGGAGGCCAAGAUGAAGCUGGAGCUCCCAGAGCAUCUCAAACUGAGAGACGAUAACUUCUUCACCAGCGCUCCCAGCUCGUCGUCAGAUUUGCCCCCCACCAGCGCAUCCACAUCACAGACUAUUAUGAAUGGUCACUGACAGCUGGCUGUGACUGUAGCACUUUGUUCACACAUCCGCACGCACCAGAACAACAUCCAUUAAACGACAAAGCCUCAUUCUGAGCCAUUAUUGCUGCACAUGGCCAUACUCUAAAACAAUCCAUCUUUUUUUAAAUUUUCUUUGUCUCAACUGUUUAACUUCCUGUAUUGCUUUGUUUCAGACAGCCAAUCACUUAUUAGAUGUUCAUUUGUAUAUAUCCACAGCAGAUUGCCUCUGUAUAUAACGGAAGACACAAACGGUCCAUGCUACACUCUAGCCAAGGCCGAAAAAAAGCUACUUAUGUGACACUUUUUUCUGUAUCAGAGAGAAAGUCUGGGCAUUAUUAUCUGUAACAAAAACACUGGUCAAACUGUUAGAUGAAUAUGCAACAAUGUAGCUAAAUGCAAGGCAUGUGUGACGACGGGGACAUUAAAUUAUUAAUGUAAAUUUAACGGUGUUAAAGUGUUUGUCGUCUCAUUUCCCUCAAGAAAAUGUAUUUCCCAUCUUGUGAGACACACACCCUCUACUGUUUAUCACUGCCCUACAAUGGAUGACCCUAUUACUUUGGACCAGAGAUUGAGAGGGUGCUUGACUCGUAUGCAGAAAUAAUAAUCUCACAGGAAUUAAUAACUGUUACAAAAUGGUUAUUUAUUGAAUGAUUGUUUUGAAGAAUAGGAUAUUUUCAACGUGUUUGAGCGGUACUCUCGACAAUCUCUUUCCAUUAUUAGUCAAGGAAUGCAGGCUGGCUGAGAGAGCAUGUUCUUAUGCACAUCUGUUACGUUGUUCAUUUCUUUCUUCCUUUGCCUGAUGCUCAGACCGACAGUCCACUAGUCUCUGUGGGUUUGUUACAGAUAGUAAAACAUUGAUAUGCUUGUGUACUCUGUGCUGAUCUUUGCAAAAGGCUUUGAAAUGUAUAAACUCUGAUUUCUAACAUAAAUAUUUGAAAGGAGGUUCAUGCAGAGUAACCACCAUUUGCAUAAUAUUCUUUCUUUAUUCAUUAGUUUCCUUUUUACGUUCAUGGGGUCUUUUCAAAAGAAAAUUUAAAAACAUGAUGGUGCUUUACAGGGUUUGCUUAGGUCGCUGUGUGCCUGCACCACUACAUUUUACAAAGAAAAUGACACCCAACACAAGUAUGUUAAAUUCUUCAAACCCUUGUAAAUAAUUGUUAUUAAAUGACAUCUGAGUCUAGCUAUGUAAUUUAGGAUUUGGUCUAUUUUAAAUUAGUGUUAUUUAAGGAGAAGGAUAUGACUACCUUUCUAUUCUGUAUGGUAGUUUUUCAGAAGUUUUAACUUGCAGGAAAAUGUAUGAAUUAAUGAAUACAGGAAGCAGUACAUCACUAAUCAUGUCAAAUGCACUGCUGUAAAAAGCUUUAAUUUCAUGCUGAAUGCUACAUAUCCAUUAUAUUCAUCCUCUAAAGCACUUAAUGUACAAAAAUUGUACAAUAAAAAUGAAUGUAACUUUGAA